AUGGCUGUCACGUCUGAGAAAGAGUUUCAUGUAGGCAUUGUUGGCGCUGGUGUUGGCGGGCUCGCCUUAGCAAUGGCCCUCCACAAACAGGGAAUUACCUUUACACUCUACGAGGACGCCAAGGAAUUCUCAGUAGUCGGGGCUGGAAUUGGAUGUCCUCCUAACGGCAUGCGCUGCAUGGAUCUAAUUGAGCCCGGUUUUCGACCUUUAUAUGAAAAGAUAUGCGUUGGAAACAAGAGCGAGGAUGCACAGACAGUUUUCUUUGAGGGGAUGCUUCUCGAAGAAGGUCUCGGCCGUGAUAAGCCAUGGGCCGGAAAUUCAUCAUGGGGUGACCCAAAAUACAUCCGCAAAUCUGCUCACCGUAAGGAAUUGCUCGAAAUCAUGACAAGCUUCAUUCCCGAAGACAGUGUUCAGUUCAACAAGCGUCUCACAAACGUUGAACAGCGCCCCGAUGGUGUUAUCCUUAGUUUCCAGGACGGCACCACUGCCACCUGCACCAUCCUAGCAGGUGCCGAUGGCAUUAAGAGUGUUGUGAGAGGACAUGUGUUGGAGAAAUACCCAAACCAGAUCGCACCUGUUUACGCUGGUUGUUAUUGCUACCGUGCUGUCAUUCCCAUGUCCGAGGCUUACGAGAUCCUCGGUGAUCUUACAGAUGUCGCCAAGGUCUACUUUGGUAACAAGAGAUGUUCUGUCACUUACCGAGUUACUGGCGGUGAGGAAUUCAAUUAUCUUCUCUGUGUAGCUGAUGGGCUUGAUGCAUGGAAACUUGAGAACACAGUCACAGAGCGCGUUUCCUACGAGAAAAUGAUGGCCGACUUUGACAUGCCUGGAAUUGAUCCUAGAUUUCAACAAUUACUCGCAAAGGUCAAACCCAUCAAAUGGGGACUCUUCCAUCAUCGUCAUACAGCAUCAUAUGUCCGCGACCGCGUUGCUCUCGUUGGUGACAGCGCUCACGCAUCUCUACCUUUCCAGGCUUCCGGCGCUGCAAUGGGUCUCGAAGAUGCUCUCGUCCUCUCCGCAGUACUUGUCGAGCUUUCGAAGCAGCCUACGCGCGGCGUCAACCAGCUACCGGCCAUUCAAGCCGCUCUCGCCGCUUACGACUCGGUCAGGCGACCACGAGCACAGAAGCAGCUCGAGCAGGCGGCCGAGCUCGGUGAGAUGAUUUUCUUCCAGCACGAGGUCGGUGAUGACCUCAGCAAUAUUCUACCCCAUGUGCAACAGGGAAGAUUCAACUGGAUAUGGUUCCAUGACACUAAGGAUGAUGCGGAGGAGGCUGUCGAUAAGAUGCACAAGCUUAUCAGUGCCAACCCUUCUUCAAGGAUAUAA